AAACGCAUGCGCAUAGGCCUACACUAUUUUAGGUUAGUCAUUUCCUGAUUGAAAUUCUUUAGAUAUUUGUGCUGGAAAGUAUUAAACAGACAUCAAGAUGUCCAGUCGUAAAACAAAAAAGACAACUGGCAAGAAGAGGGCUCAGCGUGCCACCUCUAAUGUGUUUGCCAUGUUUGAUCAAGCACAAAUACAAGAGUUCAAAGAGGCUUUCAAUAUGAUUGAUCAAAACAGAGAUGGAUUCAUUGACAAAGAAGAUCUCCAUGACAUGUUGGCAUCUCUAGGAAAGGAUCCCACAGAUCAGUAUUUAGAGGAUAUGAUGUCAUGUGCUCCAGGCCCUAUCAAUUUUACAAUGUUCCUGACUAUGUUUGGAGAGAAGUUGAAUGGCACAGACCCUGAAGAUGUGAUAAGAAACGCCUUUGCUUGUUUUGAUGAAAAUAACGCAGGAUAUAUCAAUGAAGAAAGACUUCGAGAGCUGCUCACAACUAUGGGAGAUAGAUUUACUGAUGAUGAGGUUGACGAGAUGUUCCGUGAAGCACCAAUCAAAAAGGGCAACUUUGACUACAAUGAAUUUACAAGAAUCCUCAAGCAUGGAAAGAAAGAUGAAUGAAAUUUUCAUUAAUGUCAUUAAUUUAAAUGAAGUUUUUGACAGGAUUAAAUCUCAGUUUGUUGAAACGUCUUAUUAGAUAAGUUGACAGUCUCAGGUGGUUAUUAGAUCAAUUAAGUGGGACCAAGUUACCAUCCUUGAUUUAUACCAAUAUAAUAUUCUGGUUAUUGUGUUCAUAAAAUGUGAGAUUUGAUCUUGAGGAGAUAUUUUGUAUAUUCCAACUUACUUUUGUCAUCUGUAACCUUCAGUAGCUUUCUUUAGUCCUCAUCUUUAAUCUUGUAUAUUUUCGAUAUGCUUAAUUAAUGCUAUGUUAGUCACUUUAGCAAUUUUUGGUAAAGGUUUAGCAUUUCAUUUUAUUUUCAUUUGACAGAAUCUGUCAUAUCUGAUAUGAAAGUCAGAUAUGAAAGUCAUUUUUAGCUUUAUGAUAGUUUCUAUUAUUUUUUAGCUUAUCUGAGCACAAAGUGAUAAGGUUAGCUGUUAUGGUCGCCCAUGUGUCUGUUGUAUGUUGUCAACAAUAUACCGUACGUUUUCGCAUAUAAGGCGCACUCGCUUAUAAGACGCAUCCCGACAUUGGACGUGCGAUCUGGGGUCUUUUCCACUAACCCUCGUAUAAGACGCGGUCAUUGUUUGAUAUCAACAAUGUCAAAUAUUUGUAGAAAUGCAUUAUUUUUCGAACAUUCUGUGUUUUGGGAAAAAUAAAAUGGUAGAAAUUGCCGAUUUUUUUUUCUGUAAAAAAAAUGCAAACUUCAGUCAUUAAAUGUUAAAAUAUAUAAUCGACUUAUAUACAAUUAUUUUUCUGUGAUAAACACAUUGAAAUAAAUGAGAAACGGAGAACUUACGUCUACAAAACAGGCGAAAUUUUGACGAUAUUUGCACAAUGAAAUAAAAUAAAGUAUUUUUAAAAAUAUAUUUUUGUGUAUUAUAAAAUGCAUAUGAAUAACCAGGUAUCGGCGAAAAUACGUCUAGAAAAGAUUGACGUUAUUCACCAAGAUUAUUCAAUACUUUGCAGACAUGUUUAAUAAAACGUAAAUCCUUUUUUAUAUGUAAUAAAAUACAUUUUAGCUCCUAGAAAACGGCGAAAUUACGUCUACAAAUCGGCCGAAAUUUUGACGAUAUUUGCCAAUGUUACUCAGCGAAAUAAAAUAAAGUAUUUUAAAAUGUAUUUUUAUGUAUGAUAAAGGGGCCUCCGUGGCCGAGUGGUUAAGGUCGCUGACUUCAAAUCACUUGCCCCUGAUCGAUGUGGGUUCGAGCCUCACUCGGGGCAUUGAAUUCUUCACGUGAGGAAGCCAUCCAGCUGGCUUACAGAAGGUCGGUGGUUCUACCCAGGUGCCCGCUCAUGAUGAAAUAAUGCACGGAGGGGCACCUGGGGUCUUCCUCCACCAUUAAAAGCUGGAAAGUCGCCAUAUGACCUAUCAUGUGUCGGUGCAACGUUAAAUCAAAAAAAAAAAAAUGUAUGAUAAAAUGCAUUUGAAUAACCAAGAUUCGGCAAAAAUACGUCUAGAAAUGAUUGGCGUUAUUCACCAAGGUUAUUCAAGAGUUUGCAGACUUGUUUUAUAAAACGUAAAACUAAACAGAAUGUUUUAAAAUCCUUUUUUGUACGUAAUAAAAUACAUUUUAACUACUAGGAAACGGCGAAAUUACGUCUACAAAUCGGCCGAAAUAAUAUCGCUGAUUUUAUUGCUGGGCUGUCAAAUGAUGACACGUGUCAAUCAAUCAUAGCUUGACAUCUGCCAGUCAAAUACAGAUAUGCCCACUUCGAUAUAUUACCCAAUCAUGUUCGAGUUUCGAGUAGCUAGGCAUCUCUACAUGCCCAUCAUUUGGCAAGAAGAUUAGUCCAAAAUAACUUCCGUCGGCCAUUCUUUGAAGAUGCCAAAGGUUGAUAUCAAUCAGUGUCAAUCACAGAGCUGUUUAUUUGGGGAUUUGAAGCAUCAAAUAUUUCAUAACGAGUGUUUUUUAACAAUUAACACCCUAAAACAGUUCUCUGUAAUUGGCGCCAAUUAACUUCUAAUUAUUUUCGGUUUGCGGGCUGUGAAAAUAUUCCUAUGUUCAGUUAAUGUCCAUUACAGUUUACAAGUUAAUUUAAAGCCAAUAUAUUCUGGUGUUUUAAAAGGAGAAAAAAAUACAUUUAUAAAAAAAAUAUACUUCUGAAUCGUAAAAUAAAUUAAUAUCGAUUUUUAUAGCGGGCCGAAAUACGAAACGUGCCGUUACAAAUGUUAUCACCGCUAUGCAAAUGGCUGCCGAAAAACGAAAGUAGCGGUUUGCAGUGACAGAAAUAAAGAUGUACUGAGCUGUAAAUCGAAGGUUUUUUAAGAUUUUCUUGUAAUUUUCUUGUAGUACGCGCUUAUAAGACACGUCCCUCUCUUUGGACUGGAAAUAUGACUCCUAAAAAUGCGUCUUAUAAGCGAUUAUGUACGGUAACUGUUAAAAUUCUGGAGGUUACUUUAAAAGGCCACAGUUUCUACAUCAUUCAUAAAACUUUGUCAGAAUGUUUGUCUGUUUGAUAUCUAGGUCAAGUUUAAAACUGGAUUAUCUAGGUUACUAGGAUAUAUAGAAAAGUCUAGUUAGCUCUCAAAAGCUGAUCUUCGUUAUACUUGGUCAUAAUGUUUGUCUGUUUAAAAUAAAUAGAGAUAUAUUCCAUGGGUGAACCUCUGCCAAAAUUGUUUAAGUACUCUGUGAAACUCUAGGGCCAUCAAGGCCCUCCUGUUAGUUAUAUGGUAUGUGUAUUUAUUUUCUCCAUGAAUUGUUGACUUUUACAUUUUGUUCUUUUGUUGGUUGUUUAAACAUAAACUAAUCUAGUUUCUGAAGUAGUGUUUUAUGAAAAUGCAAAUACUGAAAAAAAAUUGUUUGUUAAAUGAAAUAUCAGCAUCUUCCAUAGACUAGGGCUUUCUUAUUGGGACCACAAAAUAAUUUAUGCUAUUUUCAUAUAAAUUUGUACACUGUUUUCUUUGUUUAUGAUACUGAUAUCAUUCCAUUGUACAACAACUGUGAUGCUUAAUCUGUACAUAAAUUGUGGCUUAUUGUGAUUAUCUCUAAAUAAUUGGUGGGGGGAGGGGGGACAAAAUUGAAAUAGACAAUAGAAUGAAUUAUUUUCAUUUUCCACAUUCCAUAAGUUUUCAUCUAGAGAUUUCCUUCAUGAUUUGGCAGUAGAAGCAACACAAGUUGUAACAUCAUGCAGAAAAUACUAUGCAUUAAUUUUAUAUUUUGCUUAAGGUGUGAUGUAGGGACACUUUUCUAACACCAUCAUAUUAUUGUUCUUGUGAAUUGACUGUUUGAUGUUUACCAAAACCUUUCUGCAGUGAUAGAAUUUAUUUUGUAGUUUUAUCACAGUAAAAUGCAUUUUUGCUACUUUAUUUUAUGAGUCAGGUCACAAGAAAGAACCUCACCUUGUGCAAGGACUGAUUGAUAAAAUAGACUGCUCUUGAAUUGCCGGUGGACCAUAUUACUAGAUUUUACAUUCCAGUCUUGAACUACAUUUUUCGUUAUAACUACAACAAUUGACCAUUGUUUUUAGUACCUCACUCGGGGCGUUGAAUUCUUCAUGUGAGGAAGCUAUCCAGCUGGCUUACGGAUGGUCGGUGGUUCUACCCAGAGGCCUGCUCAUGAUGAAAUAGUGCACGGAUGGACACCUAGGGUCUUCCUCCACAAUCGAAGCUGGAAAGUCGCAAUAUGACCUAUAAUUGUGUCGGAGCAACAUUAAACCCAACAAAAUAAAUAAAUGUUUUUAGUAAAUUAAUAAAUGUGAAAUUGCUGUAUUUUAUGUGACACAGUUGAAGUCAUCUCCCACAAAAGAAUGUCUGUUAAUAUUUAGAACAAAUAUUUUUGAUUUGGGUAUUUAAUCAAUAAAGUUACAUAUAUACUA